AUGUCAGGGAGAAACACGCCGACGACGGUAGGGCUGCAUGAUGAUGUGAGUCCCGACUAUCAUUCCUCCAUAAACAACGACAAUAUACAUCCUUCAUCAUAUAAGCAAGACUUUAAUUCUACCAUCACGAGUAAAGGUCAUCCACAAGUACACCAUCAGCAACAAGAGCAGCAGCAGCAGCAACAGCAGCGCUUUCAUCGUCAUAAUGAAAGUACACAUCUAGGUUUAAAUCCGUAUCAUCAAAACAUGCAACAACCAAUUGUGGCACUAAAUUUUCAACCUCAAGAUUACGAAGCAUCUGAAGCUCUGGUUGAAGAAUUACAUCGUCGUUCUGAUCAGUUCCAAAAUCCCGGACCUAACGUACCCUCUAAUCAUUAUCAAUUGCAACAACAACAACAACACCAACAACAACACCAACAACACCAACAACAUGAACAGCCUUGGGUUGCCAAUGUUAGUAUGGACUCAAGACAAAAUGAUUACAUGCAAAAUUUGGAAGUUAAUCCUCAAAUGUAUCCUCCUGUACACAAUGAACUUGCAAAUGGCUCAGGACCUACAAUGCUCCCCGAAAAUUUCAGUUACUCGAGCUUAACAAAUCUUCUACCAGGAAACCAGCAAGUCCCUCACCCAGACCCAAACAAAGCUGCUGUUCCUUCUAUUGCCUCCGAACAAACCCUUGCUGGCACUAAUGGACACAAUCAAGACCACUUUCAGCGUGCUCCACAACCCUUUGGACAACAUCAUCAUCAGCAACAACAACAACAACAACAACAACAACAACAAUACCCGCUGCUGCUGCUGCAACCUUUACUGCAAUUGUACAAAGAAUCAAAAUUAGCAAAACCAAGACGACCAUGUGAUCAAUGUAGAAGGCGCAAAACAAAAUGUGUGCUUGUACCAAAUACAAACAAUUGUGUUCAAUGUGAAGCCAAACAACUCACAUGUACCUAUACGACGCCAGCCUUGAAGAGACGAGGAGGAAAUGACUUAACCGGAGAAGCUAAAAAGAGCAAGCUAGAAGCGGAUCCACAGUUGGCAAAUGCCAGUUCGAUGCAAAUUCCAAACGCCCCCAUAAGAGAAGUUGCCCCUGUGCAUGAAUAUUCAUCAAUAAACAACUCGUUGUUGAAUAAGACGUUGUCCUUACAGUUUCCGCGCUCAAGUUUUUAUGUGGGGCCAACUUCAUAUUUGUAUGACAUUGAUUUGUUAAAUGUCAUUAUUGAUGAACACAGCCAAAGUAGUCGCAUGGGUAUUAACAAUAGUGAUGGUAUCGGGAAUAGCGGGAGCGCCAAUGGUAAAGGUAAUAGCAAUGGCAGCAACAAUUGCGAGAAUGGGUCAAAGAAUAAAGUUGUCGAACAAGUAAGUUUAAGUAAUGCAAUUUCGCUCCGAAAAGUUAGCGAUAAGGUGCAUUUUGUAUUGAAAGACGACCAAUCCCCACAAUCAUACCAAGCCAUGUCGAAUGAUGUUGAUACCAUUGAAAAACUCGUUUCGCCACAUGGACAAACGCUAAUUGAUCUUUAUUUUCGAAUUAUACAUCCCUCCUAUCCUAUAGUGCACAAAAAGGUGUUUUUGGAAAAAUACUCAAGAACACAUAGAGAAUUUAGUGCACCUUUACUUGCCGCAGUUUAUGUCUUGGCCAUACAGUGGUGGGACUACGAUCCGCUGUUGAACAAGUUUCCUAAACCAAAUGUAGAGCUCAUUUUAAAAAUUGGACUCAAAAAUUACUUGCAAGAGAUUUUAAAGCGGCCCAAAUUGAGUGCAGUACAAGCAGGUUUACUACUUUUGCAAUGUAAGAAUAUCAUUGGUUGCAAAACAACACUACACGACGUUCAAAAUAGUGGCGAGGCAGACUAUUCCGAGUGGGUAUUAUGUUCACAGGUAGUCUCUUUAGCAGAAGAACUUGGCCUUGGACUUGACUGCAAUAGCUGGAAAUUGCCCAAAUGGGAGCGUGGUUUAAGGAAAAGGCUCGCUUGGGCAGUUUAUAUGGAGGAUAAGUGGCUUGCUCUUAAAGAAUCAAGGCCCUCGCAUAUAAAUAACAACAAUUGGAUUGUUACCAAAUUACAAGAAGAAGACUUUCCUGAAAAACACGGUGACGGAGAUCUCAAGGAAGGUUCUUCCGAUAUAGACAACGGGAAGCGCAUAUUUAUGAACUUUAUUGAGCUAUCAAUGAUAUUAUCUGAUAUUAUUGAUCUGUUGUACACUAUGAAAGCGAUGUCUGAAGUAACCAGUGUUGCCGAAGUAUUAAGGAUUGCCAAGCCUUUACAAUUGAGGUUGAGAAAUUGGUUCCACUCGUUACCAGUUGAGCUUCAAAUGAGUUCAGUACAACCACGAAAAUUGUGCUCCAAUGGGUAUCUACAUCUUGCAUAUUUUGCAACAGAGUUGACGUUGCACCGAAAAAUUGCAACAAUAAUGUACCAACAAAGCAAAAUGGGCAAUCCUUCUCCGCCAGAACUAGUCAAUGUAUGUCGAGCAGCCGCCAAGACAAGAUUACUAGCCUCUGUGGAGUUUGUGCGAGAUAUGAAACCUGAACAUAUUCAUUCCUUUUGGCAUUCCAGUUCAUCUUCAAAUUUCACACUUAUUGGAACUUUUGCCGCCAUCUUGUAUAUGUCUGCGCCCAGUCGAGAAGAAGCAGAUUUUUACCGCGAUCAGAUAUUCAAUUAUAGAUGGGUGCUUAAAAUUUCUUCAAAGGGAUUUGACCAAGUGGGCCAAGCAUUAUCACAGCUCGAUGUAGUUUUAUCAAAAAUUCCAGGCUUGCUUAAUGAAAAUGCUGAUAUGCCACUAGUUAUUUCUGCACCUCCAAACCAGCAACAACAACAAAAGCAGCAAAAGCAACAACAACAACAACAACAACAACAACAACAACAACAACAACAACAACAACAACAACAACAACAACAACAACAACAACAACAAACAGGCUCAGGUGUACAGGUAGAUACACAAUUUUCUUUUGCUGGGGAAUCACCAUCAUCAACUGGAAGUGGCGCUCGACUGUCUCGCGCACCUUCGCAAGCGCUGGCUCAAGGUAGCUCGAAUAGUCUAUACAAUCAAAACAACGGUGGUGCUGUUAGUCUUGGUGGCAAUAGCAUCGCAUCAUCGAUGGCGUUAGGAUCGCAGCAGCAACAGCAGCAGCAGCAACAACAACAACAACAACAACAACGCGGACUACGCGCUGUAGCAAACUCACGUGGUUCUCCAUUCAAUUCGCCUCAAAAUUACACCACCUUACCUACGGUUCGGUCUCCCCUCUCUAGAACGAUCCCCUCACCUCAAUCCUCCGUUGCCGUUUCACCAAAAGGGAAUACGAGAAACACUAGCUCAGGGACACCGCAACAAGAAGAGACAAAUGAUCUGCUGGCAGAUCAAUCGAGAUGA